AUGGAGCCGCCGGAGGCAGCGGGCGGCGAAGCCAGCGUUGCUGCCCGAAGAUGGAUACGAGAAGGACUCCGCGAAGACGGGUGCCUCUACCUUCAGAGCAAAGACUUGAGCAGUGCUGACGUGACGGCGAUAGUGGACGAGCUGCUCCGGAGCAUGGCCCGGUCAACCUCCGGAGCCUCGCCGCUCGCCUCGACGUCGUCGCGCUCGGGCCUCCGGCUCACCCAGCUCACCCUCUCCUACAACGGCCGCGUGGGCGACGAGGGCGCACGCCACAUCGCUCGCCUGCUGCGCCUCACCCCCUCCCUCACCUCCCUCUACGUCGCCUGGUGCGGCAUUGGGCCGAAUGGGGUGAAGGUGCUGACGUCGGCCGCGCGGUCGCUGACGAGCCUCUACCUGGGCUUCAACGGCAAGGUCGGGAACGAGGGCGCUCGCCACCUGGCGGACCUCAUCGCCACCAACACCCCGCUCCAGCACAUCGGGGCCGGUCAGUGUAACAUAGGAGACGAGGGGCUGAUGUGCAUCGCGCGGGCACUCGCCAACAACUCCAACCUGCGCACCAUCUUCUUCAGUGACGCAACGAUCACGCCGGGCGGGGCGCGGGCGGCGAUAGAAGAGAUCAUCGCGGGGUCCAACAGUUUGCUGGAGGGCUUGUCGUUCGGGGGCAUGGCGCCCUACCUGGAGGUCGAAGCCCUAUGGAUCGAGCUGCGCAACCGCAAGCGCGAGCAGCAGCGCAAAGGUACCCUCGCCCCUGCCCUCGCUCUGCUUCGUUUCACCGUUCGUCUAACGUCCGGAAAGAACUCGAAGGGUCGUAGGGCGUAG